AAAUGAUUGAUGUCGGGUGCUAUAUAUAUACCUAUAUGAGUGAUCUGUCUUGUUGUAGUGCUGCUUCUAUUUCAUUUUCACAUAAGCUUAAGUAACGCCUUAAUUCAUCGUAAGAUUGGAUAAUGGUUUCUCUUUCAGCUGUCAAUGCCUCCAAUGCGCGGAUCUCUUCCGUCUUGCCAAGUAACUUGGUUGCGCUUUUCGUUGGAGGGACAAGUGGCAUCGGCGAAGCGACUCUGAAGAAAUUCGCGCAGCACGCUGCUAGCCCACGAGUGUAUUUCGUCGGCCGCUCGCAAGAAGCUGCGGACCGUAUCAUAGCCGAGUGCCAGGCACUCAAUCCGACCGGCCAAUUCAUCUUCCGGCAGGCUGAUGUGAGCUUGAUCCGCAAUGUGGACAAGGUAUGCGAAGAGAUCAAGGCAAGGGAGCAGUCUAUCAAUCUCCUCUUUCUCAGCUGCGGAGUGGCGAGUCUGGACCGGUCUAAGACGGCGGAGGACAUUCACCUACUAGCUGCAAUCAACUACUACGCCCGUGUCCGCUUCAUCACCAAUCUCCUUCCUCUGGUACAGCACGCGUCAGAGCUCCGUCGUGUUGUCAGUGUGGGAGGCGGCAGCCACGAAGACGAGAUCGACCGCAACGAUUUCCCAGCGCUUACCAUUCCGGUAGAGAAGUUCCGCGGGCAUCUCACGUCGCUCGUGACUCUUGGCAUUGAGGGCGUCGCCCAGGGUGCGCCAGAAGUCAGUUUCAUCCAUGAUUACCCGGGCACUGUCAAGACAAAGCUCCUCGAUAUUUACCCUGAAGAGGUGCUGAAGACUUUCGAAUAUGUGCCUAUCGACGAGUGUGGUCAGAGACAUCUGUUUCUAACGACGUCGGCGAGAUUUCCGCCGGCCAAUGGGGCAGAUAUGGGAGUGCCGCUGGAAGACGGCCUGGAGAUUGCGGUUGGAACAUCUGGAGCGGUGGGCAGCGGGGUCUACUCUGUUGGGGUUGAUUGCGAAAGCGCGUCGCCUGCUGUGCUGGCAAUAUUGAAGGGUAUGAGGGAACGCGGGCUGGUAGACGAAGUGCGCUUACAUACUCAGGAUGAGUUUCGCCGCAUCACUACGAGUUAGGAGUUGCUCGUGGGAGGUGGCAAGUAUUAGCGUAAUAUGCGCUCUCAUCUGGAGGUCUAUUCGGGUAAUUCCUAUCAGGCAAUGUAGGGUUGUCUGAUUGUAUUCCGUUCCUCGUGAAUAUUAAUGAAUAUAUUGACUGCUGCUGUUUGUUGCAUAUGACAUGACUGAUGAGUUCA